AUGGAUACUCACAGGAACACGUCCGGAAUACCUACACGGUUCCAUCGUAAAAAAGUCGAACAGGAAGCUCGCAAAUCGAAAGCUGCACAACGGCAAUUGAAGCGCAUCGCUACCGUGAAUCCUGAGCGGGCGGGGUUCGUAGAGCAGACAGAUGAAAAUGAGAUUCUCGAUCAGGAGGCCAUUGUAAAGCAAGUCGAUCUGGGCUCAGCCACCAAGCGAUUUGAGCUCAAUCUUAACUCUGGCCCCUACUGCAUCGACUACUCCAGAAACGGCCGGUUCCUCUCCUUAUGUGGAAAGCGCGGGCACGUUGCGGCUUUUGACUGGAUGACUAAGCGUUUGCUAUUUGAAACAAAUGUCGGCGAAGAAUGCCAUGACGUCAAGUUUCUACAUCAAGAAACAUCCAUUGCUGUCGCGCAGAAAGGCUACACUUACAUUUACGAUAAUCAGGGCAUUGAGCUGCACUGUCUUAAGCGUCUCAAUGAUAUACAACGUCUAGAAUUCCUGCCCUAUCACUUCCUGUUGGUAGCCAUGGCAAAUAAUGGCUUUAUGUACUAUUUAGACUGUUCGGUCGGAGAGGUUGUUGCCUCUUAUCCUACCUUCCUUGGCUCGCUUGGCGUGGCCUGCCAGAACCCCAGCAAUGCAGUCAUCUUCACCGGCCACCCCAGUGGCACAGUGUCCAUGUGGACUCCGUCUGAGAAGAACCCAGUUGUGAAGAUACUUUGUCACAAGUCUGCCGUGCAGUCCCUUUCUGUUCACCGUUCCGGCCAGUACCUUGCGUCCUGCGGUCUGGAUCGAGCGCUAAAGAUUUGGGAUCUGCGAUCGACAUACGACUGUCUGGCAGAGAUUACCCUGCCAACCCCUGCCAAUUCAAUCGAUUUUAGCCAGUUGGGGUUGCUUGCAAUCGGCUCCUCUACAACGGUCCAGGCAUACCUAUGCCCACCAGAAGAGGCCAUCUGUCGUCUGCAGGUUAAACUAUGGUUGUAG